AUGGAAAACACAUCAGACACGACUGUACAAUCGAAUCAUGAUCUUAUUUGUCCAAUUACACUUGAGAUCUAUCGAGAUCCUGUUCUUGCUGAAGAUGGUCAUAUUUAUGAACGAACUGCUAUUAGUCAAUGGAUUAAACAACAAGGAACGAGUCCUCUCACGCGUGAACCUUUGAAUAUUAAUAAUCUUCGUUCUGAUGAAAAUAUUAAACAAUUGUGUCAGUCAUAUCGAUCAGAUUCCAUCACAUAUAACGGUCAAAUAAAUUUGGUAUCAAUUACAACCAAUCAAUUAGAUGCGCAUGCUGAACGACAAAUACCAUGUAAACAAAAAUCUAAUACGAAACGGACAUUACUCAUUAUUAUAAUCAUCAUUUCUAUUAUUAGUUCUUUAAUAAUUGCAACUUUUGUUAUUCUAUUUCAUAUUCGAUCUAAUUCAGUAUCUGAAACGUCUACUAUCAACGAAAAUCCCUUGACACUUUAUAAACUACCAAAUAAUUGUACUCUAUCAACUAUUGUUCCAUUAUUUUCUUGGAAUGAUAUGAAACAAUUUAAUUAUACAUAUUAUUCGAAAUUAUAUAAAGCUACUUCUACUCAAACAAUUCUAACAUUUGCUUUUCGAAAUGAUCCCUCUUACUGGUGUCUUGAUAAUGUAUCAGUUAUGGAUAUAUCGUCACAAACAGAACUUAUAAUCAAUGGAGGUUUUGAAAAUAAUCCAUCAGAUGGAUUUUUUCGAUGUAAUUCAUAUGGAAAUAGUUCGUUAAAUUUAUUUUUAGCUUCUCCAUAUCCAUACAAAGGCAAACGUUCAUUUUGUGAUGGUAGUGUAGGUUUACCAGAUUAUCUUAAUCAAAGACUUCAUACAAAAAUUGGACAUGUAUAUCAUAUUUCUUUUUGGCUACAAAAUAUGGGCGAUGUAUUAAAUAGUGCACAAGUUGUAAUGAGUCAUUAA